GGCCCGGUCCACAAGAGCAGGUGGCCACUGCGGCUCGGGGAUGCUCGCGCUGCACCGGGAACAGCACAGGUGGUGCCGGGAUCGCGUACUCGCAAGCCCCAGACCCUGCGGAACUGAGGUGUCUGCCCCUCAAAGUUGCACCCCUGCUAUGGCUCCUGGAGAGAAAAUCAAAGCCAAAAUCAAGAAGAAUCUGCCUGUGACGGGGCCUCAGGCACCUACCAUUAAGGAGCUGAUGCGGUGGUACUGCCUUAACACCAAUACCCAUGGCUGCCGCCGCAUUGUGGUAUCCCGGGGACGCCUCCGGCGCCUACUCUGGAUUCUGUUUACACUGACGGCCGUGGCCCUUAUUUUCUGGCAGUGUGCCCUCCUCGUUUUCUCCUUCUAUACCGUCUCUGUCUCCAUCAAAAUCCAUUUCCAGAAGCUGGAUUUUCCUGCUGUCACCAUCUGCAACAUCAACCCUUACAAGUACAGCGCCGUGCGAGACCUUCUAGCUGACUUGGAACAGGAGACCAGAGCAGCCUUGAAGACCCUGUAUGGCUUCUCAGAGAUUAAUUCUCGGAAACGCCGAGAGGCAGAAUUCAGGAGUUUGGCCUCGGGGGGCACACAGCCCAAAUUCCCCAACCUGGUCCCCCUGUUGGCCUUCAAUCAAGAUGAGGUCAGCAAAGCCAGGGACUUCUUCACAGGGCGGAAGCGGAAAGUCAGCGGGAGCAUCAUUCACAAGGCAUCGGAUGUCGUGCAUGUCCACGAGUCCAAGGAGGUGGUGGGAUUCCAACUGUGUUCCAAUGACACGUCCGAGUGUGCCGUCUACACUUUCAGCUCAGGGGUCAAUGCCAUCCAGGAGUGGUACAAGCUGCACUACAUGAACAUCAUGGCACAAGUGCCUCUGGGGAAGAAAAUCAACAUGAGCUACUCUGCCGAGGAGCUACUGGUGACCUGCUCCUUUGAUGGGAGGUCCUGUGAUGCCAGGAACUUCACGCUUUUCCACCACCCAAUGCAUGGGAAUUGCUACACAUUCAACAAUAGAGAAAAUGAGACUAUCCUCAGCACCUCCAUGGGGGGCAGUGAAUAUGGGCUGCAGGUCAUCUUGUACAUAAAUGAAGAAGAGUAUAACCCCUUCCUGGUGUCCUCGACUGGGGCUAAGGUGAUUGUCCAUCGGCAGGAUGAAUACCCCUUCAUCGAGGAUGUGGGAACAGAGAUUGAGACAGCAAUGGCCACCUCCAUAGGGAUGCACCUGACGGAGUCCUUCAAGCUGAGUGAACCCUACAGCCAGUGCACGGAGGAUGGGAGUGAUGUGCCAAUCAAGAACAUUUACAAUGCUGCGUAUUCUCUCCAGAUCUGCCUGCAUUCAUGCUUCCAGACAAAGAUGGUGGAGAAAUGUGGGUGUGCCCAGUACAGCCAGCCUUUACCUGCAGAGGCCAACUACUGCAAUUACCAGCAGCACCCCAACUGGAUGUACUGCUACUACCAGCUGCACCAAGCCUUCGUCCAGGAGCAGCUGGGCUGCCAGUCAGUUUGCCGGGAGGCCUGCAGCUUUAAGGAGUGGACACUGACCACCAGCCUGGCACAGUGGCCAUCUGGAGUGUCCGAGAAAUGGCUGCUGCCCGUUCUCACUUGGGACCAAGGCCGGCAAACGCACAAAAAACUCAACAAGACAGACUUGGCCAAACUCUUGAUAUUUUACAAAGACUUGAACCAGAGAUCCAUUGUGGAGAGCCCUGCCAACAGCGUGAGUGUCUUCUUUCUGGGGCCUGUCCUGGGUCUGCAAAUGUGCCCAUCUGCCUGGCCUUGGGGAGCAGAGUCAGAUCAUGGGGAUCCAGCCUGAACUGGGGAGACCACCAUAGGCCAGCCAGGCCUCAGAUCAGAGCGAGCAGAGAAAGAGGGGACAGGAAGCCUGCCCACUUCUUCCUCCAAACCUGUUCAGGGCCAGGGCUACCCAGGGGCUCCCUUCGGAAUCACCAU